CAGACCCUGAAUUCCUGCACAGUGCUCGGGCUAUAUUCUGUUGUGCAUGCAGCCCACAUGUGUGGAGUUAAACUUCCUCGUCCUGCAGAAGAAGAAGGAGGAUAGAGGGCGUGACGUCGCUGCCCGCAGAGAGGCCCGCACGGUGCAGGAGACCGGGGCAGAGAGGCAGGAAACACCGCAGAGUACACACCGAGCACCGAACAACCGGCAACUUUGCAGAGGAGAAAUACAGCCAUAAUGCGGCACCGCCCGCCGACCCGCCAGCUGAUGUGACAGUGCAGACGCAGGGAGGAAGCGGCGGACACCACCACCUCUCCCCGGUUGCCUCGCAUUGUCGCGGUUGUCUGGAGAGAGGAGGAGGGAGGGGGGGGACAUGUCCUCGCUAACCGUGGAGGAGGACCAGAAAUGGUUACCGACACACGUCCAGGUGACUGUGCUGAGAGGCAGGGGCUUACGGGGCAAGGGCAAGCAUGGCACCAGCGAUGUGUACACCAUCAUCCAGCUGGCGAAGGAGAAAUACUCGACCGGCGUGGCGGAGAAGACCACGGAGCCCGAGUGGAGGGAGGAGUGCUCGUUUGAGCUGCAGCCCGGCGUGCUGCAGGGCGGCGGGCGGAACGGAGGCUGUCCGGCCGGUGCAACCGAGCUGGUACUCAUCGUGAUGCACCGGGCACAUAUGGGGAUGGACGUGUUCCUGGGACAGGUUGUGAUCCAGCUGGAUAAGGUCUUCCAUGAGAGUAGAUGCGUGAAAAACGAGUGGUACAAGUUAAACUCCAAGUCGGGGAAGAAGGAGAAGGAGCGAGGAGAAAUCCAAGCCACCGUGCAGUUCACCAGAAACAACCUGACGGCCAGCAUGUAUGACCUGGUCAUGACGGACAAGACCGCCUCCACCUUCGGAAAGCUGAAGGAGCGCAUCAAGGGGAAGAGGAGAUCCAGUGAGGAGGACUCUUCCUCAGCCGUGCUGCCGAGUGGAUACGGCUCCCUGCACCGGAUGAGGCAGCGACUCCCGAGCGACGGAGGCGGGGAGGAAGACUACGAGGACGACGAGGGAGGGGAGGCCCGGCGCAGCAAGAUGAGGACUUUCUUCCUGAGGGGGAAGCUGAGGAAGUCCUCGGACACUCGCUCCAGCACGUCGCUGGGUUCAGAGAGCAGCGAGUCGUCCCGGGGGGGCAGUCUGAGCCCCACCGCCGGCAUCAGCAUGGUGGUGUCCGACCUCUCCAACUCCCCUAGCAACAGCAGCAACCUGUCCCCUGACAACAGCCCAGAGCACACGGCAAACUCUCUCCAGUGUGAGUUUGGAGACGAUCCCGGGGAGAUCUCCAUCAUCGUGCCUCCUCUUCCAACCGCGUGGGUCAACGGAGGCGACACUUACAGUGACCUGCCCCUGGACAAAGGCUCAGUAAACCCUGUGGAUUCUCUAGGCCUGCCGCCGCUGCAGAAGUCUUUGCCUCUAUCCGUGUCUUUGCAGAACCUCAGGCCUGCCUCGGCCGCCCCAAAGAGCCCCAUGGGAGACGGGCGGCGCUGGUCCUUUGACAAGCCCGACGAGGAGGAGAAGGCAGCCAUAGCGGCGGCGUUGGAGAAAAGCGGCCCCAUGCUGGGUGACGAGGAGGAGGAGGAGGAAGAGGAGGGAUUGGGAUAUGCUGCUCAAAUCAAGUCCUCCUCCUCAACGGUGGAGUCCGGGAAAAAGCAGAGGAGGAACUUUUUCUCCCACGGGAGAGGGGAGUCUGCUGGGAAAGGGCAGAGUCGGGGCAAAGAUGAGUCUGAACAGGCCCCCGCCGCCGAGGAGAAACACAAGGGAUGGUUUGGAUCAAAGGACUCGAACAGCAAACCCAGCCUGGUGGUGUCCCCUAAACUAGAGACCAGCACUGACCCCCACCCCCCUCCACUCCCACCCAGUCACCCCCCGGGUCCCCCUGUCGAUCCUCUGGUUUCCCUGCAUCACACUAACCCCUUCUCACAGAGCACCUCACCUCCCAUGUCCCCCUGCAACCCUUUCUUAUCUUUCAUCCAGCAAAACCCUUUCCAUGGCACCAUGCUUAACGCUGAGCCCCUAAAACCUUCGCUGCCUACUCUGCCUUAUCUCUCCAGCGCCCGGCCUCCCAUAGCUCAGUUCUUUCCGCAGGCGAGUAACCCUUACCCCACACUCAACGACGAAAACCCAACCGCAGAGGAUGCUAAGAAACGACCUCUUCCUCCACCUCCCACAUACGAAGAGAAACCUUUCAGCGUGAAGUCGUCCGAUCAUUUUAUGUCUGCCGGGGCGCCGGAACCUGAAUGGGACGAAUCCUUUGAAGCGUUUGCUGCUGGCAGGCUGCAGUCUCCCGAGGACCUGACCGCAGACUGCAAAACAGAGCAAAACACACCCAGUGAGCAUUCACUGGAACACUGUAACGAAAAAGCAGCAUUACAACCCAUAACGGAUCAAAACACUAACGUGAAUGAUGCAGUACAUACUCAACCUUGCACAGAAUUUGUAUUUGAUACACAGAAAUCCAACGCAUAUCAUCUUGACACAUUCGCACAUUCCCUCGAGACAAUCCCAGAGCACACCAGCUUUGAGAAUGACAAUGACACUUUGAAUACUUCCACUAACUCGCCAACACCAGAUGCUUUCACUGACCCUCAUCAAACUAACGCUGCUACUAACACAAAUGAUGUUACUGACACUAACGUGCAUCCCAGCCCCGGGCAGGCCUCGUCUGUGAAGCUCAGCAGCAGCUCCCCAGAUCCGACUUCUUCAGGCCUCGGCAGUUCUGCAGAAGAGGAUUUCCUCUCGUGUGUCUCUUCUUAUUCAGACAAAUUCUCUGCGUCAUCCUCGGAGGAAGCCGAGACACAGAACUAUGAAAGCAGCAUCUUCGGCUUUAAGAAAUCAUCCGAUUCAUCUGUUGUAAGGAAGCCCUCUGAAUCAGAAGAUGACGUUACUGACAGGUCCAUUGAUCUGGAUUUAGGCGAUGUGUCUCAACAUGUUAUGAAGCAUGGUGAUGGUGAUGAAAAGACAGAUUUAGACGGGAUAUUAGCAGCACCAAUGUCGACAGUGCUUACAAAGCAGCAGUCAGCAACAGAGAUAAGAAGUGAGUCACCAAUCUUUUCAUACUUUUCACCAGAACUACAGCCAAAAUCCUACAUUUCGUUACAGCCCGACAAUGAAAAGGGAAAGAAAGGCAUCGACAAGGAGGAAGCCGAGAAACAGAACUUUGAAAGCAGUACCUUCUGCUCUUUUAAAGAAGAAGAAUCUGUUGCUAAGAAUCCCUCAGAAUCAGAAGUUGACAUUACUGACCAGUCCAUCUGUCUUUCUUUAGAUGAUGAAGCCCAGCACAAUGUUAUUCAGCAGAGCGAUGGUGGUGAAAAUGCAGAUUUAGACGGUAUAGAGGGCUCAUUGGUACCAACGUCCCCAAAGGUAACACAUCAGCAGCCUGCGGGAGAGACAGGAAGUAAGGAUGCAGAUACACAGUCACCAAACUUUUCGUACUUUUCACCAGAACUGCAGCCAAUAUCCAAAAUAUAUUUACAGCCUGACAAUGAAAAUGGAAAGGAAGGCAUCAACAAGAAGGAGGAAGCCGAGAAACUGAACUUUGAAAGAAGCAUCGUCGGUUUUUGUAAAGAAGAAGAAUCUGUUGUAGGGAAGCCGUCAGAAUCAGAAGUUCACAUUACUAACAGAUCCAAUGAUCAGUCAUUAGCCCAGCACCAUGUUACUCAGCACAGAGAUGGUGGUGAAAAGGCAGAUGUACACGGUAUACAGGGCUCAUUGGGACCAACGUCACCAGUGCUUACACAUCGGCAGCCUGCAGGAGAGACAGGAAGUGAGGAUGCAGCAGACUUGUUACAAGAACUACACACAAAAUCCAACAUAUUUGUACAGUCUGUCAAUGAGAAUGGAAAGAAAGGCAACAUCUCUGCGAAGGAUUUUGUGUCAGGUAUCUCUCCUUUUUCAGGCAAAUUCCCUGCGUCCUCCUUGGAGGAAGCUGAAGAACAGAACUUUGAGAGCAGCGUCCUCCGAUUUAGUAAAGAAGAAUCUGUUGAAAAGAAGCCGCCAAAAUCAGAAGAAGACGCUACUGACCGGUCCUUUGAUCUGUCUUUAGUGGAUUUAGCUAAGCACAAUGUUAUUCAGCACGGGGAAACUGAUGGAAAGGCUGAUUUAUAUCUUGACACAUUUGCACAUUCCCUCGAGACAAUCCCAGAGCACACCAGCUUUGAGAAUGACAAUGACACUUUGGCACCGCUGUCCCCAGUGAUACCACAUCAGCAGCCUGCAGGAGAUACGGAGAGUGAGGAUGCUUCAAGCUUUUCAAACUUGUUAACAGAACUACACACAAAAUCCGACAUCUCUUCACAGCCUAACAAGGAAAAAGGAAAAGACGUUGGUGAAAUGAACACAUCUGUAGAGGAUUUUUCUAAAUUGUUAAAUGAUUCCUCAAUAUCUGAAAUAAACACUACGGAUGUGACGAGUCCAGAUGAUAAACUGUACUCCACACAGCCAUCACUACGCAUCAGAACCUCCUCCCCCGAUGUGAGGCACGGUUCAUCUGGCUCCCCCAUUGAGAGCACUGGUUUAGGAGGGCAGGAUGCAAGCCAGCGUCCAGUUGUACCAUUUGGGCUUUUUGACGACUUCUUCAACACCAGUCCCAGCCAAGACUUUGACGACACCAUGGUGCACACUCCUGCGUCUGAUCAAAGCACCAGCAGCUUCCUCCAAAGCCUUUAUGUCAGCACCAACUCGCAGGAUUACCAAACCUGUGGGUCUCAACCUUCCUCCAGCGGCUCAGAGCAAAACGAGACGCGGCACUCUGCAAAUUCAACGCUGUGUGGCGACCUGAUUGAGAUUCAGACAACCCCUGAGGCUGCUUUGGACCAAAAAGACUCCAGAAGCCAGCCAUUUCACGAGGAAUUCGACGUUAUUGGAGGCUCUUUCUUUGGAGCCAAGGACACUACACCAACUCUUAAACCAAGCUUCACGAUAGAGGAUAACUUCGGUUUACUUUCUGCAGCAUCAACAGACCUUUACAAGAGCUAUAAUCCAUGGAAUCUAGAUGACGAAGCUGUGGAAUAUCAGCAUGUCGUCUUGGGUGACAUGUUCUCGAAAUCCCCUCAGGCACAAAGUACUACACUACCCCGCUCUCACUCUGAAGGCACAUUGACACCUGCCUUUGAAGACCUCCUGCAGCCCUCCUAUGGGAGCGAUCCCGGUGCAAUACAGGCGUCCUCCUCGGCUCCUCCUCUGAGCCCUGACCUCCCCUCUCUGACCUCCUUUGCUCCCUCUCUAACUCCUUCAAGUAGUAUCUCCUUUUCCCUCCCUUUUCUUUACAACGCUACGGCGAGAUCACCACCCAGCACGGCAAUGCUUGAGGAGAUGCACCGGCAGCAGCAGGCAGCCAAUCAGCAGAUCAGCCCCCACCCAGUGAAGCCCCUCACCACCACCACGUCAGCGGAGGAGAAGCGGACGGAGGGCCGCUCCGUGCUGGCCACCGGCCUCGAGAAGCUCAAGUCCUCCAUCAGCCCGGGGAGGAGCAGCCAGCUGAGCGAGCAGGAGACCAGCAAGAAGAAGCCUGUGUCGGAAGGGGCGGGCUCGUACUUCCACCUGAACCACAGCGAGCUGGUCGCCCUGCUGGUGCAGCGGGAGGAUGAGCUAGAGCGCCAGGAGGACGAGUUUAAACGCCAGAAACGCCUGCUGGCGAAGCGCGAGGUGGAGCUGAAGAAGUUGAAGCCGCAGGUCAAAGAUCUGGAAGACUACAUAGACACGCUGCUGGUGCGCAUCAUGGAGCAGAAGCCCACUCUCCUGCAAGUGCGCUCCAAGCUAAAGUGACCAAACGUUUGCAGUUCACUACACAACAGCUCUUUAGUCUUUUCACUGCUAUGCUGUCCUUUUUGAUACAAAUAUGUAGGCACUGAGAGACGUCUGGAGGGCGGCCAUGUUUCCCACCCGGCAUGCUUUUCUGUGCUGAAACUCGUAGAAGGCUUUGGGUUCGGGCGGUUCUGAAUGUAGCGGGUCCUCAGGUUGUUUUCAGGUUCACAAAGCAAGGUCACAGAGGAGAGCCCGGAUGCGUCCACAUUGGAAUCCUGAUUGUAAAAACAAUGAUUCCUUCUUUUUUCACCUCACCUCACUCCUAUCCCCUUACCACAAAAUGUUUGAAAGAAAUUAUAGCGUGUCAGUCCAAAACAGCGUAUAUCUACAAACCUCACACAGCUUUUCAGCCUCUCACACAGCUGUGUUGCUGUGCUUUAGGACAGGAGAGCCACUCUGAUGGUUUACCAUGUUUAAGACCAUUAACUACAAACUGCAUAUUCUUGAAAUCAAAGCUGGAUAUUUCUGGAGCGCACCAUCAGGUUUAGAUAGAUGUUAUACCUUCAAGGCAGCCACUGGGUUCCCUUCAUUUCAGUGUUGCAUGAAACUCAAACUGCAGGGAAAUUAAACUGAACAUUUUGACGUCUUUUUUAAAGUUGUUAAAAAGAGGGACAUAGUUAAAAUAGUGAAAGACUCCGAUGUAAGAUUCGGAUUGAACCCUCAAACAAAGCUAAAAAAGCUAAAGAAUCAGCAUUUUGAAAACUGGUUUGAACAGAACUGUUUCCAGUUUAAUGCUAAGCUAAGCUAAUCACAUCCUUGCUCAAGUUCCACACUUAGUGAAGAGAUUUAAAAUAGGUAAAACUCAUCUCUUCUAACUAUAGGCAAUAAUUGUAAUUUCGCUAAAUUAAAAGCAUAUUUUAAAAUGAACUUAAACUAAUGGCUGCUAAAAAAAAAACAAAAAAACAUUGACAAUCUUCAAACAGACUUUGAAAGGUAGUAUAUAUAUUUUAAAGUAUGCCCAAUAGUUGGUUAAUAAGGUAAAAUCAUGCAAAACCACCGAAUGGGACUCUGGCUGUGAUUUGCUUCCCUUUUAAAAAAACAUGUUGUUUUGGAUUGACACUCUACAAAUGUUCCCCCAAUGAAUACCGAGUGCUCUGACUAGUUUUUGAAACUACAGACCCAACGUGCACAUCACUGGGAACUGACUGUAGCUUCUGAAUGUUCAAAAGUGUUCUUAGCCAGCAAGUGAAUGGUUUUAUUUCCGACGCAGGAUAAGUGCUGUUUAUCUUUUGCUUGCUCCUUUUUCCUAUUUCUUUUUCCUUCUUUCUGUUCUAUGGGCAUGUCUUGAAAUUACCCACAAUGCUCAGCCACAUAAGCUAAACAGAUUCUUGUAUGGGUCACGGUGUUAUCAGGUGAAGACAGUAUCAAGAUCAGCCAUCAAAAGCUCCUCUGAUCUCAUGCUUCUGCCUUCCCACGUGUGUUAUCAACAUGACGCCGCUGUUGAGGAAAUGCCUGCGACAUGCUGGCUCUUGACUCCCGUCCCUCGCUGUCACAUCCGCUUCUGCACAAGCACGCAAAUCGCUUCUUCUUUCAGGUGUUGCAAAGGGAUAUACAGUGCAUUUUACAGCAUAUAUGCCGUAUUGAAAUGCCAAAUGCUGCCUUAUUUUUGUUCUGUUUUGAAAAUCUAGCACUUCAUUUGAGGCAGGUUUUGAAGAAGAUAAGCCAUCUGUUCACUGACUGUUCGCUUUUUUUGUUUUACUUCUGUUAAUGCUUUGUUACAAUAUUGUUUAGAUCACUGCACAAUAUUAAAUUGUAUGCUUACGAAUAGAAAAUGAGCAGAUUUUCUGUGUAAUACCAAAAAAAAGCCUUGAAACAAAAUCUAUAGAGCAGAUUGAGACACCACAAAGUAUUCUGAUAUGAUGCCACGUUUAACAGCGUUUAUGGAUGUUCUUGCACUACUUAAUCGUCAGAACAUCACUGUACCUGUCUGUUGAUAUCGGUAUAGUUAGAUCUACUUUACACCGUACUGCACUUUCUAAUCGCUCUGUGAUUUAAGCACUAGGCCAAUUUGACACCACAUCCUUGAUUUUUGCCACUGAGCUUGAAGCAUACAAAAAAACAUCCAAAAACCGUCUGGUCAUCUCAGUUCUGCUGUGUGAUCGCAAUAUGAAGUGCGCAGAUGACUGUAGAGACAUAUUAAAAAUGUGACUCUGCACUUAUGAAGUGCAAGAAUAAACGUCCUCUUCCCAUGUCUUCCAUUUUAAUUUAAGUUUAAACUGAUUGUAUUUUUGUCCUUUUGAGUGUGUAGCCGGUGGAAUGUUCUUAAGGUAGUAUUUGAGAUUGGAAAGUUUACAAUUCGUGAUGCAAUUCUGUUUCACAAAUUUUGUAUAUUUAAUAAAGAAUAUUUUGUGUUUCUUGCUC